UUGUCUACUGCACUGGAGACACGAGGCAUCAUCUUUAUUGAAACAAAGCGAGGCAAUGAGGCCGCAGAGGGUGAAAGUAAAACCAAAAGAAGAGGCUGCAUACUUUGCAUCCUUAGGAAAGGACAAGGAUGGAUUUGAUAUCCGUUUUAUAAAUUCAUUCAAAGGUCGAGGAGUAUUCAGCAAGCGGCAUUUUGAGAAAGGAGAGUUCCUCAUCGAAUAUCGAGGACAGGUCAUAUCUAAACAAGAACAUGAAAACAGGCUACAUAUAUACCAUGAUGCCCUCAAGGUGUUCAUGUUUGAAUUUCGGUAUAAUGGAAAGAAUUUGUGUGUUGAUGCUGCUCAAGAGGAUGACUCCCUCGGCCGACUUGUAAACGAUGAUAAUGUGAGCCCAAAUAGCAAAAUGAAGACGAUCACUGUCAAUGGGCAGCCUCAUUUGUGUCUAUUUGCAACAACGGACAUCAAGCCUGGUGAAGAGAUAACAUACAAUUACGGAGACUCUGACUGGCCAUGGAGGUUAAAGUGUCCCACAGUGAAGGAGCCGGUUUGUUCUGGGGAUUUGGUCAGCCAUGGAAAAAUAAUUGCAACUGACAAGGAGAACAUAACUGAGGCAGAUCCACAACAUGCUUCUGUGACCAUGACAUCUAACUCCUUGAUCGAUGACAAACAGGUAUCAGCUGCCACAGAUGGUUACCAUGCAGAAGAGGCCAAGAUGUGUGUUUCCCCGAGUGAAACCAACGAACAGGACAACCAAACUGAGACAGAUCCACAACCUGCUGAUGCAAACAAGACAUCUGACUGCUUGACCGAUGAUAAACAGGUAUCAGCUGCCACAGAUGGUUACCAUGCAGAAGAGGCCAAGAUGUGUGUUUCCCCGAGUGAAACCAACGAACAGGACAACCAAACUGAGACAGAUCCACAACCUGCUGAUGCAAACAAGACAUCUGACUGCUUGACCGAUGAUAAACAGGGCUGUAAGCAUGACUUGGUCUCCACAGUAGUACCGAGCUUGGAAAAAUGUGCCCUGUGUACUGGACCCUUUUCUGCCUUGAAAUGGAUUGGUGUGAGAUGUAAAGUUUGCUCCUGCUUCUGGCACAAAUCCUGCUAUGUCAAGAGGAUGAAGACUGACUCUGAAUUCCGGCCAUUUGUUACUGAAGGAGCAAGUUCAAGUGAAGAGAUAUCAGAUGAGGAAUAUGUACCUGACUCUUCCAGUGACUCAGAGAAUUCCGGAGAUAUUUCAUUAGGGCCUUCAAAAUCUUUUCAAGAAGUGCCUGAUAUUGAAGUGGUCUGCACUGAGCUUCCCUCUGAAAAUCUGGAAAACACACCUUCCCAAGAACACCUCUUAGAUGAAGUGACAUUACCUGAUGUUAGAGAAGCAGACACUACAUUGCAGCUUGAGAAAACUUGUGAUGACUCCAAGCAAGCCUCAGGAGGGGUUCAGCCUGAAGUUCAGAAAGGCAGUGUUGAAGAUACAUUUCAGACCACUGAAGAAACUGGAGAAGACCACCAUGUACAGUCUUCAGGCAUAUCCUCUUCUGCAAGCAAGAUAAAUUAUUGCUACAUUUGUGGCAAACCACAGUCAAAAAUUACUCGUCACCUGAAAACCCAUGAGAAGACAAAUGUGGAUGUUGCUCAAGUUUUAGCAUUCCCAAAACACUCCAAAGAACGACAAAGACAGCUGAACAUACUACGGAACAAAGGAAAUCAUAAACAUAAUACAGAUGUUUUAACAAGUGGGACUGGAGUGCUGAAAAUGAAACGAAAACCCAAGAAAGUGCAAGACGUUAAACAGUAUGUGCAUUGUACGUAUUGCCAUGCUUUGUAUCUUCGGAGGCAUCUGUGGCGACAUCUUCAAAAAUGUCUCUCAAAACCAGGAGAAACCAAAGGGCAAGGAAGAACUAGAAUCCUGUCCUUGGCCACAAUGUCAGAGUCAGGCCUACCUCAACAGAUAUCCCAAGGUGUGUGGAAGCUGUUAACUGUCAUGAAAGAUGAUGACAUUUCUGCUGCUGUGCGAAGUGACUUCUGCAUUCUUCAGCUGGCGCAGUCAUUUUUCAACAAACAUGGUCAAGAUCCCACCAAAUAUGAAUAUAUUCGGCAGAAGCUUCGUGAAGUUGGAAGACUUCUACUAAUACUGUGUAAAGAAUUUUCCAUAUAUAAUCUUGAGGAUGCCGUAAGACCUGUAAAUUUCCAUUCAGUUAUCCAAGCAGUCAAGAAGGUGUCUGGGUUUGAUGAAGAAAAGCAUUGCUACAAAACGCCAAGCCUCGCACUUAAGUUGGGUCAUUCAUUGCAAAAGAUUAGUGACAUCAUCCAUUGCAGAGCUUUAAUGACAGGAGACAAUGAGCUGAAAAAGUCAACCCAGACUUUCAAAAAGCUUUACACCUCAAAGUGGUCUGAACUUGUCUCUCAUACUGCUUUGACCACCUUGAAUGAGGCGCACUUUAAUAAGCCAUCCACCCUGCCUUUUACUGAAGAUGUGCAACGUCUUCAUCAGCAUCUUGAAAAGACAGCAGAUUUGGCAUCUGAGAACCUGGGAAAGAUGCCUUCACCACAAGUGUAUGGUGAACUUUGCAGAGCAACUUUGGCAAAGAUCAUAUUAUUCAACCGAAGACGUGGAGGUGAAGUUGCAAAAAUGCAAUUACACAGCUUCAUCGGAAGAGACACAACACCCCUCCAUAAGGAUGUUGCUCUUGGCCUCACAAAGUUUGAACAAAAACUCUGUGAACAUUUCAGCCGGGUGGAAAUUAGGGGUAAAAGAGGACGAAAAGUUGCUGUGUUGCUAUCACCGGACGUGGUUGAUUCAUUGACACUCCUCUUGAAAAAAAGGAAGGAAUGUGGAGUUCCAGAGGAGAACAUUUUUUUGUUUGGAAGGCCCCACUGUUUAACUUCAUACAGAGGACAGGAUUGUUUAAGGACGUAUGCAAAUGAGUGUGGUGCUCAGAACCCAGAACUCCUGAGGUCAACCCAGUUACGCAAACAUGUUGCAACGUUGUCCCAGGUCCUGAACCUCAAAAACCAUGAACUGGACCAGGUUGCGGACUUCCUCGGCCAUGAUAUUCGUGUCCACAGAGAAUACUACAGGCUUCCAGAGGCGACAACACAGCUGGCCAAAAUAUCCAAGCUACUGCUUGCCAUGGAGAAGGGGUCCAUCACAAACCUUCAGGGCAAAACUCUUGAAGAGAUUGAGAUAGAAGAUAACCUUGACUUCACUGCUUCUGAAGCAAGUGAAGAAAGUGAAGCUGACGGAGAGGAUCAGCCCUCAGAUCCACAAACAGACAUGGGACAGGAGAGAGCUGUGCUACCUGUCAACAACCCUUCAGCUGCCUCAGAUGACUUCAGAGAUGACUCUGCCCUUCUAAAGACUUCUAGUGGACAGGAGAGAACUGUACAACCUGUUGACAACCCUUCAGCUGCCUCAGAUGGUGACACUGCUCUUGAAGGGACAUCUAAAGAGGAUAAUGGGAAGAAAAAGUCCAGCAGGAAAAAAAAACGUCAUGAACAAAGUGCGAUUACCAAAAAUGCUGGAGUGGACAAUCCCAGGAGGAAAAUAAAGCAUCCAUGGUCUCCAGCUGAGGUUGCAGCUGUGAUGAGACAUUUUAAAGAUCACAUCAACAAUGGUAAACUCGUCACUAUGAUUCAGUGCCAGCAGUGCAAGACCGCUGAGCAUCAUGUUCUUGCCGACCGCACUCUUCAAAAUAUAAGAGAUUUUGUUAGAAAUCGUGGCAUAACACUGAAGAGGAAGAACCAAUAAGUACAGAGAGAGAUGAUGUUUUGUUUUUAUGUGUUAAAAGAUAAGAGCUGAGCUCUGUUAAGUGGCGACAAAGCCACAAAAAAUAAAGUUGGUUCUUUAACAACUUUAACAACUGGUUAUACCUGGUGUAAUGUCUUUGUCUAUCAGAUAUGUAUUAAUAGGUUUUACCCGAGGUGGAUAAUGACUAUUGUAUACUGAGGAUGUCUUACACACAUGCCACAGAUCAGGUAUGUCUUUAAAUUUCACAAUGGUAUUGUGUUCAUCUAUUUGUCCUCAUAUACUGGUUGUGACCUAUUAAUGCACAUUACUUUCAUUUUUGUGUUUGUGUGAAUCCAUGUUCCAGCAAGUCACCUGUGACCCUCCAAGUCACAUUAGUGUCAGUGUUUGUGUGUUGUAUAACAACAGUCCUUAUUAAUCAAGUUGGUUCUUAUAAUUCUCCUUUUUGUCAUGGGCGGGGUUUAGCAGCUCAUUAACUUUGUCCUUACAAGUCGUCGUAGUGUCAGGUUGUUGUAACUUGCGUUGCUUUUUGUGUUUCUGACUUUUGAAGUGAGAUUUGCAGAGUACAGCCCAAACCAAAUUUUUUGAUAUAUGCCACACCUCUGGGAAACAAGCGGAAAGGGGUGCCACCCUAAUACACCAAAAAACUUGUUUGGCGAGAGGUGUCCUUGUAGUUCACAA